AAGGGAAGGAAAGGGGAGAUGAAGGUGAACCACAGACACUGCCAAGAAGUGAUGAAGCUGAUGUCAAGGUGUGCAGACUCAAACAAGACUCGGAGACUAAAAGAGAAGAGAUAUGUGGGAGAGGGAGCUCGCAGUUAAACGCCGGGUCUUCGCCACAGCUGCACUGUAAGCAGGGUCAGCGCCUGAAUCUGCGGGAAUCCCCCUCUCCCCCCUCUUAGUUUGAGAUGUUUGGCUCUGUUGGACCUGCAGCGUUUGCAGAAGCGAGACCACCCACCAGCCUUCAGUCCCCUGCGCUGCGCUCACCGCCCCUACGUUAAAGAGUCGAGAGGCAGAGGAGGGGAGGGAGAGAGCAGAACAGAAAGAGGAAGCAGCAUGUAGCAAAGACUGUCAGACCUCAGCUGAAGAACUUCUCUGUUUUUUGGGGUUUUUUUAAUAACUAAAUCAGAAUGUGCUCAGCAGAACAUUUCCCACUCGGACUGGCUGCGACUGGGAGAUGACGGCAGGUUUUCUGAGCGCUCCCAUCAUGAGGCCCAACCACUGCUGGACCGUCCUGCAGGUGUGCAUCCUGGUAGUGCAGCUGCUCACCCUAAAUGCUGGGGGUGAAGACUCAGGUUGUGAAAUUGAAAUUAUGGUGCGCCGCAGAACAGUUUAUAAGGUUUUUGCUGGGGAGCACUUUUCGAUUAACUGCACGGUUGUUUUCUGCAACAACUCACCACCAACAGUCUUCUGGCAUAAACGUGAGGACUCUGAUCCCGUUAAUGUCAGCAGUGGUCACAUCACAACGAAGUGGACAAAAUCAAGCAGUUCAGAAGGAAUAUUCUAUCUGUUCUUCCAAGGAGUUCUUGAAAGUGACUCAGGUGAAUAUCAAUGUCAAGGUGGAGGCAGCAUCAGUCAUUCCAUCAACGUCACUGUCUAUGACAAGUGGGAGCACACCAGCAGUACACCAAAGACUGUCACAAAUGUCACAAGUGUGCCUGAUAACCCCCCAAAAAAUCUGUGGCUGUACGUCUACACUGCUGCUGGCAUAGUGACAUUCGUCGUCUUGGUGAUAGUUAUAUCUGUCGCAUCAAUGCUGGGGUGUAAAGGAAAAUCAAAGAAAGAGACCCAAGCUGACAACCUGUAUACGGCAGUCGCUAUGGUUGCGCAACCCUUUCCACACGCCACAUCAAGAGGAAGCCCCACGGUGCCGCCAUCUCGGAGGUCUACCCAAAGAAAGUCACUGCCUGCAGAGCCCAAUGAGUUGCCUCUAGCAGGAGACAACGGGCACCUUUAUGGCGGGACGGCAGAGGACAGGGAGGGGUGGAGGAAUAUGUUGGAGGAAGAGAGGAGUUCUAUUGUCUACGCUGCCCUCAACCAUCAGCCUCUGGCGGGGGCUGCUGUUCGGUCCUGGAGGCAGCAGGAGGAGACCUCGGAGUACGCUGCGAUCCGGGUCAAAGACCAAUAGACACUAAAAGACCACUGAUGAACUUUUCAAACUGAGACCUUCCAGGCUGGCUCAAGAUUAAGAGGGGAAACAGUUAACCUCCCAGAGCAACCGGCAUGGAGACAGAAAACCCUUCACAGGCAGCCAAACAUUUCCAUUUCCAUUUUUGUAAAAACUGCUCUCUUAUGAGAGCAUGCAGAUGCUCCAGCUCAGACUCCCAGUCUAACAACCCAAUCCAUCAGUACUGAUCCGAUCCUACUAAUGUGUGUGUAUCCUAAUAAUGCAAACAUUCCACCCAAUCUAUGAGAUUUUCCCUAUAAGUGCCAAAAUUAGCAUCUCAUUACAUUUAAAGUACAUUUAAAAGCCCCGCCCACCUGCACAGGUGUUCAAGUUCAAGUCUGGCAGAUCUAUGUUAAGAGUUUUGUGUGCUCCAAAUGUGCCAAAUUGAACUGGAGUAAACCUGGUCGCUGUGGUUUCCACUCCAUUUGGAUCCGACACACAUAAAUGGCACAUAACAACUUGAAUCAAGGGGUUAUCUGUGUGGCGUGCAAGCUCAUCGCCACCAGCAUCAGCAGCACCGCGAAGAAUAUGAUGAAUAAACAAGCAGGUUUCACAUGCCCUAAUCCAAACAGAGAAGGAAAUGUACUGUCUGUUCCAGUUUACCAGACAUAUUCAGGAAAAACCAACCUGCUUGGGGCUGAAUGCCACAGAAAUGCUGGAGACGUAUGAUUGUUGUUUUGGAUUUUGUUACUUCUUUGAAUUUGCUGACAGUCAGAAAAAUCAUAUCAUAUAAGAUACAAGAGAGUAAAUCUACAGCACCGUUUCUCACAAAGCUAAAUGUAUUUUCACAGUA